AUGAUCCGUCUGCUACUGUAUGUGGCUGCGCUGCUGCAGCUUGCAGCAGCUGUCAGCGAGACCGUCGACCUCGGUUACGCCAGGUACAGAGGGAAAGACAUCGGCAAUGGCGUGUUGAGGUGGGCCGGCAUGCGUUACGCAAGGAGUGUGUCUCGAGUCGACGGUCUACGCUUCACUGCUCCACAAGAACCGCUGGAAGAAUUGAACAAGGUCACAACAGACGCGAGCCAGUUCGGCCCUCUCUGCAUCGGCACCAUAAGCGACCUCAAAGCCGAGUUCGGCAGCAAAUGGUCGGAAGACUGUCUCUUCGUCAACGUCUUUGCGCCCUCGAAAGCGACCAACACAAGCAAGCUCCCGGUCUAUGUUUUCAUUCAAGGAGGUGGCUUCAACACGAACGGCAAUGCAAAUUACGACGGCGCUGAUCUCAUUGACGCCGCGGGUGGAGAUAUGGUGGUCGUCAAUUUCAAUUACCGAGUCGGGCCGUAUGGAUUCCUCGCCAGCAAGGAGAUCACCGCCAAUCAGACACUGAGUCUGAACAACGGAUUGAAAGAUCAGAGGCUAUUGCUGAAGUGGGUGCAGAAGUACAUCCACGAGUUUGGGGGUGAUGCCGACCACGUCACGCUCGGUGGAGCCAGCGCAGGGGGUGGUUCAGUCGUUCUCCAACUCACAGCCUUCGGCGGCCGUAACGACAAUCUAUUUCACGCCGCAGCCGCUGAAUCCGCCGCCUUCCCACCCCUCCGCAACGUCGAGCAAAGCCAAUGGCAAUAUGAUGCCCUCCUCCAGCGAUCCGGCUGCCCGGACCUCGCCUGCCUUACCUCCCUCGACGCGGUGACUUUCCAAACCGCGGUCCACUCGCUCAAGAUCCCGUUCCCUGGCGGCAAGAACGCCCCAAUAUAUUUCUGGAAUCCGACGCUCGACUAUGAUUUCAUCCAGGACUACACAUACAACGAAUUGAAGAAUGACCGCUACGUCAAGCUUCCCACCAUCUUUGGCGACUCGACAAACGAAGGCAUAAACUUCACGCCCAGAACAAUCUCAAACUACAACCGCGCCCGCCAAUUCAUCAUCGACCAGUUCCCCGCCGCCAACUGGAAGAAAAUCCGCGCCGAAUGGAACAGUCCCAUGAAUGCACUCGCAGAUGCUCGCUGGCGCGCGCUCGCGUCCGACGUGUACGGACACAUCCGCUACAACUGCCCGAAUCUGAACAUGAGCUCCGUCUACGCAGAGAACAACACGUUCCCGACGUACCAGUACCGUUGGAAUGUCGGCACUGCGAGCCACGUGGGCGAGCUGCCGAGUAUCUGGAACAACGGGACCAGCGCGGCGAAUGUCUUCAUGCAGGCUUACUGGGCGAGCUUCAUCCGUAGCUUCGAUCCUAACAAAUACACUGCCGAGUUUCUGGUCGGCAAGGGCAAGGAGAUGGAUAACCCCGAGUGGACGACUUUCGGGAACAGCACGGGCGGCCUGGGGAAUAGACUGAGGUUCGCGGAUGACAACCAGGUAGGGAUGGAGACGGUUAGUUCGCAGGAGUGGCAGCGGUGCAUGGUCAUUACGAAUAUGGGGCUGCAUCUAGAACAGUAA